AUGAACUGGAAAAACAACUUUCUGAUUGGUCUGUUGCGUUCUACUACGACCCGAUGUUGGCUUGGUGUUCAAGAUGCUGUAGAAGAAGGACAGUGGUUGUGGAGUGAUGGAACUCCAUAUGACUACAGCAACUGGUGCUCUAAGGAACCUAACAAUCUAAAUGUCGGGAACUUUGUGGAGAGAUCAACUGGACCUCUGACCGUUGCUGGAAUGAUGCAAGCUGCUCAACCUCAAUGGGCUAUGUUUGUGCUAAAGACUGUGAGCUAUGCAGUGGUUUCGUCACUGGUCGUUGAUUGUGCUUUACAUUUAAAGUUCUGA